CGCUACGUUCUCUUGACCCAAUCUAACCCGCCAUUGAAAUCUGAAAUUCAAGAAUUUUUUCCCUCUCUCUCUCCUCCAAACGGAUUCACAAUCCAAAUCAAGAAGUAGUAGAAGAAGAAGAAGGGUUUUUGUUGUUUCCUUUGCCUCGAGGAAAUGAAUUUGGAAACUCCGAAUGUGGAUCUUCCGUCGACGGACAAAGAAGUCGUACCGGAGAAGAUUGAAGAUGAAGAGAUCAACGAGCCUUUGAUUCACUGCGAGCUUUGCGAUGCGGAACUUGUUCAUAAACUCGCUCAGGUUCUCCUUCCUGGAUUGUCAACCGCAUGCGUCGAUAACACUAGUGGCGAUAUCUUUCGAACCCCUGGUUCCGUGGCUGCCGAAAUGAGGAAAGAAAUGGUGGAUUAUAUUACUAUGAGGAGCGAAAUUUGUGUUGCGGAAUCCAUAAUUUUGGAUAAUGCUCCGGAUGCUGAGGUAUCUGAUCAUCCCUACGAUAUUAUCUCUGAUUUUGUUGAGGAUUUUGCUGCUACGAAGAGAAAUUUGUUUAGUAGAGUUUCAGGAUGGGUUCUAAGUGAGAAAAGAGAGGAUAAGAUAGAUGAUUUUGUUCAAGAAAUGGAUAUUAAUGGUUUUUGGCCGCUUGAUAGGAGAGAAGCAAUUGCUCAAGUUCUGCUUAGGAAUGUAGAUUUUAAGAGCGAGUUUCAUUGUGACCAGAAAUUUCAUUCUGUAGAAGAGUUAGCUGAACAUGUUGUAAACUGUGGAUUUAGGUCUCUAAUCUGCACAAAUGAAGGCUGCACUGCUACAUUUUGUGCAAACCACGCAGAACAGCAUGAUUCAAUUUGCCCCUUCAAGAUAAUUCUAUGUGAACAGAAAUGUUCUGCCUUCAUUAUGAGACGCGAAAUGGACCGCCAUUGCAUAACUGAUUGUCCUAUGAAACUUGUGAACUGCCCCUUCCAUAAUUUGGGUUGUCAAUCCCCUGUUCCUUACAGUUUGAUAUCGCAGCAUUGUUCAGAGAGUUUUGAUUCUCAUUUGCUGCACAUUCUUCACUCUGUACAUAAGGAAGCAAAUGAAGAGACUCUUAAACAUAGACAGCAACAGCUUGAAGAGGCAUCAUCACUUGACUACCUUAGAGGGCUCCAAAAUCUGAGAUUAUUAACCUCGAAAAUCAAAGAAAUGGAUUCUAAGCUAGGACCAUUAGUAGUCAUCGGCACGAAGGAGGACACUGAAGAAGCGAAGGACGAUGCGUCUAGUGAAACGGAUGAAGAGAAGGACAAGUCUAAUGCAGCGGACGAAAAGAAGGGCGUGCCUAAUGCAGCUGAAGAAACAAAGGACGCCUCCAUUUCAACCGAAGAAAUGAAGGCCGAUGCAUCUAUUGUAAUUCAAGAAUGCAACAACUGAAGAACCGAACGAUGCUUCUAAGGCCUCGGAAGAAACGGAGGAUGCUUCUAAGGCAACAGAAGAAAGGAAGAGAGGUUCAAAUGUAGUAAGAAAUGAUUCAGAUGAAGCUGAAAGAUAAAACUUUGACACCAUUUGAAAAGUCUCUCACUUUCAGAAGCAAGCAAAGAAGAAGUCCAUAUUAACAUCCACUGUGUCAGUUUGUCUCUCCUAGCUCUUUCUUAUGCAGUUCUAUUCAUAUUUUCACCUUCAUAUUUAGUCUAUAAUGGGGCUCUGCACAAGGGGCAUGAACUGUUAUGGUGAAGCCAGUUGAAGAUGCAUGACUCAUGAUACACAUGCCCGCAUUGCAUCCUUAUCACCUCCUCCCUCUUCUUCCCUUCGCCAUUCCCAUUCAGUUCUUCCAAACAGAUACUGCAAUCCCCCAUCUCUUCCCCAUUCUCUUCCACUUUCUCCGUCACCGGCCGAGCUUCUUCCAGAAUCGCCGUCUCCUCCCCCAUUGCAUUGCCAUUGCUCCAUCCCUGGAGGAACACCGGAUCAUGGAGUUCCUGCAGACGGAGCGGGAACAGAAGAUUCCUCAGUAGAAUUGGUGCAGUUUCUUGAAGGUACGUAACUCCGGAGAGCGGAGAAACAGAGACAUCACGGCGGAAAUAGCGCAGUUGGAGUUGCAGAACUUGGUAGGUUGUUCGCCAUAGCCGUAAAUACGAUACUGGAUGGGUCUAGAGGUAACGAAAGACAUUCUGAGGAUCGAUUUUGGCACUGAUUGGUAAGUGAGUUUUUGAUUGUUGAUUUCGAUUUCGAUUUUGAUUUUGAUUUUGAUUUAUAAGCUGAGAGGAAGUGUGUUUGAUUAUGGAAAAUUUUAAGAAUCGGCCGUUAGAAUUA